AUGAUGGUCCGGCGGGUGAAGAAGCGUCGGACGGCGGAAAAGCGCCCGCGAACGGCGUUCACGGCCGAGCAGCUGUCGCGCCUGCGGAAGGAGUUCGCCGAGAACCGCUACCUGACCGAGAAGCGCCGCCAGGACCUGGCGCGGGAGCUCCGACUCAACGAGGCGCAGAUCAAGAUCUGGUUCCAGAACAAGCGGGCCAAGCUGAAGAAGCUGGACGGGCGGGGGAACGGACUCGCCCUCCAACUCAUGGCUCAGGGUCUCUACAACCACGCCACCGUUCCCUCGCAAGACGAGGACGACUCCGAUUCCUGA